AGACGGAAAGGAAGAAGAAGGGGAUUGUGGGAAAUAUAACUACCGCGACAUUUGGUUGUGACAUCAUCUGUACGCGACAGAACAAAUGCGGGAGGCUCAUGUUUAUUUGAAGAGAUAUUCAAAGAGUGAUUGCUCACUGAGUCAAGUGUGACUGAAGAGCGCUGUGAUGGCCACACAGAGAGUUCUCCCACAAAGCAAAGAAACUCUUCUGCAGAACUACAAUAAGAGACUUAAAGAUGACAUCAGGUCAAUUCUAGACAAUUUCACCGAAAUAAUCAAAACGGCAAAGGUGGAAGAUGAGACUCAGGUUUCCAGGGCAACACAAGCUGAGCAGGAUCACUAUGAAAUGCACGUUCGAGCUGCCAACAUUGUACGUGCAGGAGAGUCUCUCAUGAAACUUGUCUCAGACCUGAAGCAGUUCCUCAUCCUGAAUGACUUCCCCUCUGUCAACGAGGCCAUCAGUCUCCGCAACCAGCAGCUGCGCACGCUGCAGGAAGAGUGCGAUAAGAAGCUCAUCUCCCUGCGUGAUGAGAUUGCCAUCGACCUGUAUGAGCUCGAGGAAGAGUAUUACUCCUCCAGCUGUGGACAGUGGGAUGGUGUUGAGUUGCCACUUUGUGAGGCCUUUCAUCGGCAGGACAUUUGGGGGUCCCCUGAGAUGACCUCUGACCCCUCGUGUGCCAACCCAGAGGAAACAGACCACUUGGGGACCCAGGAGUCCAUACAGUGUAACUUAAACAGCCACGGCAGCAGCACUAGUGAGCAGUCAUGAAAUACCGGUGGCCCCCUUCAUUGACAAGUUGACAAGAUUACACAUUUAAGCGAUUUGCCAUUAUAAUAAGCUCCAUCUUAAACCUCCAGCUGCAGACUGCAAAUCUAGUCUACUACUUGAAUUAAUUGUGAUUUUGUCCUGCAAAAGUGACACUGAAUUAAUGCUGAGAACAUUUCUAUUAUAGUAUUUUAGUUGGGUAACUUGCUACAUUGGAAUAAAGAAGUGUUUGUCUUUGA